GUCAGGAACCACCAUAUCGGCUCGGAAACAUUCCAAGAAAAGGAUGUCUGGUCGACUGGAGCCAUUCAAGCAAGCCCAAGACUAUCUCCCUCGACUCAAGGCAGUCUUCUUCGGAAGAUGGGACGAGGACAAAGGGUGCGAGAUCACCUACCAAGUUCCCGAGAACUCCAUCAGGGUCACCUCCACUGCACCCACCAUCACCCCAUCCGACAGCCGGGCCUCAAUCGACGACGACCAUCCUAGCCUCAUCGAUCCACGCCCUCAACAACACCAGGAUCAAUCCAAAUACUUGUUCGAAUUCACCGAUGUCAUCGACUUCAUACUCCCCAAGAAACAUCUCUGCGGCCAUUUGGUCACCGUCUCAUCCGGAUCAGUCAAGAUCUUGGGCUUUCCAACAUUGAUCGAAGACGAAGAGAAAUACGAUAGGAACUUCUUCAUGUUCAACUUAUGCUUCGUAUUCGAUAAGGAUUCCGAAUUAUUGGGCUACGAACCCAUUGUCAGGAAGACUGGCAGAGUCUUGAGAUCUCUGGAGGAAAAGAACUCAUUACUCUCGACUCCUAACAAUUCGAGGUUCGAAAUCAAGUCGAUAUUAGAAGAACUAUUCGAAGAAUUGAAUUCGUUUUCCGAGGUUUCGAUUUCCUUAAACCAUCAAUACCCCACCCCAGGAUCAGCAUCAGCAUCAAGAUCAUCCCCCUCAUCUUCAUCCGCAACCUCGUCUCCCUCCAGCAAACAUAAAGCAUCAGAUCAUCGACAGUCUUCACAGGAACACGAACCUCAUUCAGAUCCAGUGGUCUCCUCUUCCUCGGCAUUGUUCUUACUAAACUUGAAGUUGUUCCCGUUCUACGGCAAUCCUCCUAAGGUCGAAGAUUGGAACGUGCCCAUCAGUUUGGUCUCGUUCCUUAAGCUGAGAUCCGAAGUCACCUGGGAUCUGACGAUGUUCAAAUUGGUUCCCUUUAUCGAUGGCACAGCAACCGUACGAAAGAUUUCUCGCUUGGCUGAUGUGGAUAUAUAUUUGACACGAGAGUGUAUCCAGCAUCUAGUGUUUUUUGGAUGCUGUAUCAUCACCGAUCCGUUCAGGUUCUCGAAUUCUUACAAGUUAAUUGGAGGGCCGAUGCUAGACCUAUUGGGCGAUUCGAAUGAUUUUGAGUCGAUCAAACUGCAAGAAGAAUUGAAGGACUAUAUCCUUACUGACCCGGCUGCCAAUUCAUCCGACCCCCAACCACCCGAAACACCAAAGGAGAGUACUUGGAACGAUGGAGGCGGCCAAGAUAAUCAAGCUGAAUCCGAUCGAGUCGGAGGAUCUGAUAAUCAGUUUCAUCAGUCUCAUUAUCAGGUCGAUCACAAUGAUGAUGUCGACGAAUUGUUCCUGUUCAAUCGUGACCAUCAUCGCCAUCGCCAUCAUCAUCAUCAUCAUCCUUCCUCUCAUUCAAUUUCAAAUCUCCUGAACCUUUACAAUGAAUUUAAAUCUGGGAUCACCGUUCAUGAUUGGAUGGAACAGAAUCAAGUCCAUGAAUUGAAUAUCGAUGUACGACGAUUCAUCAGCUUUGGGACGAUCAAAGGGUUUCUGAAGAGGGUGAACUGCUAUCCGAUCUGGGCCCUUCAUCCCGACCUCUGUCCACCCCAACAAGCGGCCAAGAACACGCUGGACGAUGAUGAGGAUCAACAGCAGGUUCACGAGCUCCGCUCCGCUCCUUUGCCUCGGUCGCAGUCGUUCACUCGUGGUGGCCGCCAGCGAGGCGGGCGUCACGUCUCCCAUCGGAUGAGCUCCUCCAACAUCCGUCAGCCGGCCUGGCUGGCCGUCCUCAAGCGUCUCAACCAUCCCCAUCCGCUCCUCUCCCCGCCUAUCAGCCUCUCCCACGAACUCUACUUUGACCCAACCCACCCCGCUCAUCCAGACGAUGCGAAGAAAACCCCGCGCAAGAAACCUCUUUCGUCUCGUAAAUCAACCCUCGUCUCUGACCCUCAACACUACCACCAUAACCAUCAUCAUCAUCAUCAUCAUCAUCACAAUCCCACGCGACAGAACAGUCAUCCUCACCAUCACCACCUCUCCGUCGCCGUUCAAGUCCCUAAGGACUUGCCCCUCAAACUCAACGGCGCUCACCACCUCGACGAGCUCUGCGUCGAGUUCAAGAUCAGCUUGGUCCAGCUAGAACAGAUCCUCCGUUACAUCGAUACACUCUCCCUCGAGGAAAUCACCCUCUCUCCUCACCCUUCUUCCAUCGCUUUCACUCUCUCUUCUGCAAUGCAAACGAUCUAUUAUUGAUCUCGAAUCAACAUCUUCUCCCGUCUCUUCUUACUCCGAUCGACUCAUUUGUCCCUUUUUCUUUGCAGGAAUUGUGGUUGUUAUUUUAUUCGUUACUCGAAAGAUUAUGUAUAACGUGUAUUGUACAACAUGAAUGGGCUCACAUGUACACGUAAAAUCACUUUUUAUCGCUCUGUC